AUGCUCUCUUCGCUCAUUAAGCUCUUGGCUUUCGCCACUUCGGUGAAUGCCCAUGGGUAUCUUAGUUCUCCAAUGAGUCGGACGGGACUAAACGCCCAGGCUGGAGUAGACACUUGCCCUGAAUGCACAAUCCUGGAACCGGUCACUGCAUGGCCUGAUCUUGAUGCUGCUCAAGUGGGUCGCAGUGGACCUUGCGGAUAUAACGCACGAGUUAGCGUAGAUUACAACCAGCCCGGUCCACGCUGGGGAUCGCAGCCAGUAAUCACAUACAAUGCUGGCGAUGUUGUCGAUGUACAGUGGUGUCUCGACAACAACGGUGACCAUGGAGGAAUGUUCACUUACCGAAUCUGCCAGGACCAAGCUCUGGUGGACAAGUUCCUCGAUCCAUCAUACCUGCCUACGGACGCAGAGAAGCAGGCCGCCGAGGACUGCUUUAGGGCCGGAGAGCUCAAAUGUACCGACGUGCCUGGCCAAACGUGCGACUACAAUGCCGAUUGCACGUCCGGUCAAGCAUGCUGGCGGAACGACUGGUUCACCUGCAAAGGCUUCCAGGACACCAAGUGCCGGGGUGUGGAUAACGCGCCGCUCAACUCGUGCUACACGAGCAUUGCCGGAGGUUACACCGUUAGCUCGAAGAUCAAGAUUCCGAACUACAAGUCUAAUCACACGCUGCUUUCUUUCAAGUGGAACUCGUUCCAGACGCCGCAGGUGUACUUGACGUGUGCCGAUAUCGCUAUUGUUGGGUCAGGAAGCUCGAACCCGGCAUCAAGUUCAACCCAAGCAACCACUGCAACCGCAACAGCAAGCAAAACAUCCUCGACGAUAGCUUCAACACCGACAAGUGGUACGGUAGCUGUGAAGUUCAACGAAAAGGCCACAACCGUCGUUGGUCAGACUAUCAAGAUCGCAGGCUCAAUCUCCCAGCUCGGCAGCUGGGACACGUCGAAGGCUGUAGCACUCUCAGCAUCUCAGUAUACCUCCUCCAACCCGCUUUGGUCCACAACCAUCAACCUCCCAGCAGGUACAAGCUUCGAGUAUAAGUUUAUCCGGGUUGAGUCGAGCGGGUCGGUGACCUACGAGUCAGGUGACAAUAGGAAAUACACUGUCCCAGCGACAGGCUCGACUGCAACUGUCGAGACAACGUGGAAGUGAGGCAUUACGGAGUUAGUCUACGAGGCCACGCGAUGAUUGGACAAAUAGCUACAGCUUGAAGGAGAGUGGAACUUCUCAGGAGUUGUUCUCGUACUGCAUUGCCCAAGGUUGAUUAGCAAGCUUUCCACAUUGUAGGAACACAGUGCCCAGGUGUGCGACGGAGCAGGUAGCAGCACAUGACAGCGCAUGGCGGCACGCGGCCCUUGUCUCGGCAAUCAUAACUGUAUGUACG